AUGUCGAUUUCGUCUUGUCCGGUGUCGGGGUCGGCGGGGGGAGAGUGUCCGGUUGGUGGUUCUUCGCGAUCGGGGCAGACGCGACGAGGUUGUGCGUUUUCGGCGGCGGCGCAACCUGGUGAUCUUCAUGCUGCAUUUGAUAUUCCGCGGGGGAUCGAUACAGAAGAAUGGCUUCGCGCAAGAGAACGGAAGACCAUCAAUGAACUCCUCUACGCCGACUACCCCUCCCGGGAAGAAGUCGAUUCCGUCAAGAGCCAACAAGAGCUCGAUGCCAUGAACGCAAGCGACCACGAUCUCCUUGCCAUCGCCCUCGGCGCCCCAGCACGACAAGUCCUCCAACGCGCUCAAGAAAUUGGUCCCCAGACAGGAUGGCGCGAUGGAUACCUCAGCGUCGAGCACGGCUUCUGCCCACCAGACUACGAAGAGCCCAUUGCUGCGCUUGCAAGAUCACCGGGUCGCAUUUGGUCUGAUCUCUGUGAGCGCAUGCCAGGAUGUUGCGCACGAGGAAGAGUGCGAGAGGCUGUUGCUGCGCUGCCGCUUGUUGAGGGUACGGAGGAGAAUAUCCCUGAUGAAGCUCUCUGGGGCGCCGUAGUGGCUCUCGGCAUGCUCUGCUCGAUUUACCGAUUUGAGGAUAAGCAUGAUGGAAAGGAUGGACUUGCUAUCACAGAUGGAGCGACAACGAAGCCGCAAUGUCCGAUGGGUGACGACCUUUGUGAGGAGCUGGAGGGUAUCCCUUUGUGCAUCGCUCUUCCGUACUAUCAGGUCUCACGAAGAAUGGGAAGAACCCUGCCCCACCUCUCAUUUCCCGAUCAAGCUUCAUACAACCUCAAGAUCAGAGACGUCAAGUCAAACACCCCAUAUCUUGCGCGCUUCGACAAUACUGAUCUUCGAUGGCCCAUGUUCGGAGAGAGAGCUGAGGUCGCAUUUCUGAAAGGAUGCGCCGAUACCUCUGCCUCAUUCCAACAUGGCCCCGAUGCCAUCGCCGCAUGUCAAGAACACGUCAUGACCGGCAACAUCGAAGGUCUUCUUCACGAGAUGAUCCGCCUGAAGGAGAUCCUCGAACGAAUGCCCAACGCCUUUCACAGCAUAUCGCCCAACCCCAACGCGGGCGACAACUAUGUAUCAGCCGACAAAUGGGUUCGAUGGGGUCUCUUCUCAUCGCCAUUAUCCAAGCGAGUCCCCGCUGCUUCGGGCUUGCAGUUCCCUCCGUAUUUGGUGAUGGAUGCUUUCUUGGGCCGCAAGACACACGCAUCCUUCCUCGGCGUCGAAGCCCUCCACCUUAGAGCGUGGCUCCCCUCCAACCACCGCGCCUUCAUUGCCGCAAUUCAAUACCACUACUCCAUCCCCGAAUUCGUCCAACGAUCCGGCGACCCACGUUUAAUGGGUGUUCUCGAGGGUAUCGUCGAAGCCUACGCUGGCGAACGUGGUUUUAUGGGUGUCCAUCGCUACAAAGUCUUCGGUAUCCUUGAGGUCGCAGCCAAGACAGGACGAACAGCCACAAACGGUCUUUCUGGCGCGGCAGAUGCGACAAGACCUUGGGAGGAGACACAUCGUCAGUUCUCAGAUGCUAUGAAAGAGCGUCUUGAGCCUUUCCGUGGCAAGCUUGCCAUGGAACCGCACUCGAUGAGGGGCACGUUUGAGGAAUGUCGGUAUAUGGCUAAGAUUGCGAGUUGCUCUUCCAUUGAUCAAGAUGCAAGCCGGUCAACUGCCAUGAUCACUCUGGAUAUUCGGGACACCGGUAUUACUUUUGCGCCUGGAGAUCGUGUGGCUGUUAUGCCUCUCAACAGCUGGGAGGAGUGCGCGAAGAUGGUUGCUGCCCUUGGCCUGGAUCAACAUGUUAGGGAGCCAGUCGACACUACGGGAACUUGGUCACGGUUUGAACACCACCUAUCCACAGUUACGAGAACCGCGCACAGACAACUUACAGUCAUCGACAUCCUUCGUCGAGGUCACCUCGCCCCAAUCACCAAGGAGCUCACUGUCAAAGUCCACGAGCUCCUUCACGCUUCGUCCAACACUGUUCUCCAAGUGUUAGCCACAGAGGAGUGGCCGGUACGUGGAUCCUUGGGCGAUCUUCUUCAGAAGGCCGUUCUCGAUACGCCAAGCCACAUCUGGAACAGGGCUUUCAACCUUGAAGACCUGAGCUGGUUGUCGGAGCUCGUUCAGCUUGAAGUUCCCCGAACAUACUCCAUCUCUAGUCACAGCGACGAGCUGCUCCCCAGUACCGUCGACCUGACCAUCUCCCGCGCCGAGUAUGAGCUCAGUCCAAUCUUCUCACAGGGACAGACUGUCACCAGAGCCGGUGUCGCAAGUGGCUUCUUCAAUCCUCGUCCCUUGUCCGCAGAGAACAGCCUCUUGUACGAAGUCCUGAUCGGUGUUUCUCGACCGGUUGCCUUCCAACUUCCUAUCGACAAAAUGGUUCCCUGUGCUUUCUUCGCCGGAGGUAGUGGCAUCGCCCCCUUCCGCAGCUUCUGGCAGCAUCGGCUAGCGACAUCGGGUCUGUCAGGUGGACGUAAUUUGCUGUACCUGGGAGUCCAGUCCCGUGAAAAGUUCUGCUAUGAGGCUGAGCUGCGGGAACUAGUCAACAUGGGCUUCAUGGAGGUCCAUCUUGCGUUCUCCAGAGAUCGUCAUGGUUUGGCAUAUGACGGUGUCGCACGGGAUCUUGUGGAGAAGCCGACACCUCCUCGAUACAUCGACAGCCUCAUCGUCGAGCAGGGUAAUAUGAUUUGCGACAUGGUCAUGUCAAAGAAGCAGGGCGGCCUUGGUGGUCACUUAUACGUCUGUGGCUCAGUGUCUGUGUUUGACUCGGUCAUGAGCGGCAUUCGUAAGGCUAUGUACAACUACCGCACAGCAACCAUGGAGACCGUCGACUUGAUCAUCAACAAGGCUUUUGCCGAGCGUCGCUUCAUGCUUGACGUCUUCAUGUCUCCCAAGGCCCUCCCUUGCAAUCUCCCGACGAUCUCUCUCUCUAGCCUCGCUCUGCACACUGGUCAUCGCCAGGAGUCUCGAAUGUGGAUCGCUGUUCAUGGAAGUGUUUACGACAUCACCGACUUCUGUCCCAUGCACCCUGGUGGAACCCUCAUCAUCAAGUCCAACGCAGGUGUCGACUGCACCAAGUCCUUCGACAACCUUGCACAUACCAACAACCCCGAGGUGUCGAGUCUGCUGACGAGGUACUUCAUUGGUCAUCUAGCUCCCAAGCCCGACUAUCGUGAUAGCGACGUUUCUACGCUUCAUGAUCUUUGGGCUUCGUACUUGAGGGUCACCGUCGAGACGCUUGUCGCCCAUCAGUUUGAGAUGAACGAUAUCAUGGGCGAGUCUAUUGACUCCCCCUCUGCGUAUGAUCCCAACGGUAUCAGCAACAUCUGGCUCCGAGAAGGCCUUCCAAACACCAUUGCCAUUCGAACCUUCUACGAUUACCAGAAUCGCUUGCUACAGGGUGGCUUUUCUGCUCUGUUUGGAUCAAAGCUGGAGGAAUUAGUCCUGCGCCUUUCCUUCAACUUCGCCAACUCUGGCGGACCAGGUGUGGCCUCCAAGCUACCAGACAUUUUGGGUACCAUCGCCCGCGCCAAGUCUGGUAGCGACGCAGUUCGCAGCGCGAAAGAGAUCAGUGCUCUUGGAGAUUUUGUUUGCGAUCCAUCUUCCGAGCUGCGCUUCCAAGAGCGGGGAGUCCUCGACUUUACUGCGAAAUGCGUGCAGCUUGACAUUGAGCUCUUGGAAGAUCUCCGACAAGAGGCGUGCAACGGCAUGGACGCUUUCGAGAGCAUCGCGACUGUUCUCGAUUCUUUCGAUGGGUCUAACUCGGACUCUACGCCUGUGGCUGCUUUGUCGUCGUUUCUCUUGCAGACACUCGAGAGGAUGGCACAUCGACUGGCGAUGUUCUACACUCAGUUGGCACGUCUCUCUGUGUAUCAGCCUGACCUUGAGCAUAAUCCAGCCCGAACUCGAUGGGCUUUCGUCAGGCGAUGUAUUCGAGAUGGUACCUUCUUUGUCAUGACCCGAUCGCGCAAUGAUGGACAAUCGAUGGACGGACAAUCUGAGUCUUACUACAUCAAUGCGAAGUCUUUGGAGAAGACAACCUUUGACAACAUCCUCUCACAGAUCAAGCAUGUGAUUACUUCCUCGACAGCGGAAUCACAAACGACGAUCGUUCAACCAUCCACUGUCAAUGAUGUUCACCACGAGAGAGCAACCACCCUCGCCAAGGACGGCUCGGUCGCCUCAUCUGCAUCCAGGCUGAACGUCGGAGCAGUUGAGAGCAUGGGAAGCUUCAUGAAGAAGAACGAAAAGGCAAUCCGCCGGCUGAGCAGCAUGCCAAGUCAGCUGCAGCUGGAUGAUCUUCAAAGAGCCAUCGCUUUGAAUGACAAGCCCAGUCCUCAGGCUAGCGAGAGCACAGAUGCCUCGAAAGAGAACCCCGGUCGUUUCAAACCGCUAGAGCUCAAGACAUCCCUCAAGAUAGACCCCAAUGCUUUGCUUGCUUGUAAGGACCAGAUGCUGACCGCGCGCAUGAGGAUAAUGGCCGGUUAUGAGAUGAUGUCUUGCUCAGCUUCUCGGUUGAGUGCCCCGGCAAAAUGUACCUCGAUCAGCUCCAUUACUUUCGAGGAAGCCGAUGAACUGGUUGUCACCAACCCUCAACCGCUCAUGGAAUGCUUAAAGUCCAUUCCAGACGACGAGAGCGUCCCAUCCUCAGCAUCGUGCACAACUGCCCAGUCUCGUCGUAGCUCAUUCAGUGGUAGUUCUGUUACAGGCUCUAUCGCUGAGUCUGUCAUACAGACGCCUCCAUCUCGCCCAUAUGAGACUAGCAUGGCUCUGAAGUUGAAGCUUGAGGGUUUGAACCGCCGGUCGCGUGGAGAGUCUGUUUCAUCCCGACAGAGCUUCAUCUCGGCUUCGAGUGCGAUGGAUCUGAGAAGGAAUAGGUCCCUGUCGAGUACCAGGAAUGCAUCGAAGAGGAUGUCCAUCGACCCUGGCCAUACGAGGGAACAAUCGGCCGGCAGGCUGUUGGCAUUCAAGCUAGGAGCUUUGGCAGGCGAGAGGCGAUCUUUUAUCCCACCUACCUGGUAG